UUUUGAAUCUUUUUCUCCCUUUUUUUUUGGUAUAAAUAGGGACCGAAAUUCCCUGUAUUUCAAACCAUUCCAAUCAUUGAUUCAUCAUCAUCUUUUCUAGUUGUUUGAAAUUUCAUUCAGAUUUUUCUCUUCUUGAUCAAUCUUUUUCUGCUCUAAAGUUCUACUAUUGAACUUUUUCAUUUCUCUUUUUCUCAUUUUAUUUUCAUUUUCCCCUUUGCAUCUAUUUCCCUUUUUCUACCUUCAUCUUUGGCUUCAAUUGUCUUAACGCAUACCCAUUGUUUACGAUCCAUUUUAACAUUUUUUUGAAUUGCAUAUUUUCAUUUCUCUUUUUUUUUGCAUCUCUUUAACAUUCAUCACAACUUUAUAAAAAAUUGUCCCCUUUUUUUUAUUUUAUUUUAGUUUCUUAUUUUUCAUCAUGAAGUUAUUCUCUUUCGGUUAUUCUACUUAUGCCCUGCUCUCUCUCUUGGCUUGUGGGCCAAUUUCCUCUCUUGCUGCUCCUUUAUUUAAGCGUUCUGGAAUUCAAGACAAUCAACCAUUUUCUGUAAUGACCCUCCGAUCAGGCGAUUUAUAUGUCCAUUUCCAUUCCUUGUAUGUUGGCGAAUCCGGUAACGUUUACCUUGAUCCCUAUGACCAUGUAAACAAGUCUGCCGUGUUUAGUGUGUCGAAUGGCCGUCUUGUCCAUAAUAACGAUUAUGCUCAUUUCGGCGAUAACAAUGCUUUGGUCUUUACAUCGAAAGAAGACGGUUCUGCCCAAGGAUUCUCUUUUGGUGAAGAGGUUGCUGGUGGUUAUCUUCUCAAUUACGACAAUGAUAGUCUUGUUGCUUGCCCCGUCAAAGAUACUUCAUAUGUUUAUUCAGUCUACUCUGCGAAAGGCAAUGGUGAUAGCAAGUGUGUUGGCUUUGGAUCUCUUGCUUUAGCAGGAUCUCCUUCUUCUUCCUCUUCUAGUGCUAGUAGUGCUAGUGCUACUGCCGCUCCCACUUCUUCGGGCUCUUCCAAUGCUAAUGCACAAGAGAUGGUUACUGCCGGAAGCGCUGAUGGAAAAUCUUCCAACAAAGGACCUGCUCCAAUCUUCCCCAACGGCAUUCGUCUCACCAACACUUCCUCUCCAGACUCCAAUUCUGGAAACGUUUACUCUCCUGUUGUUUAUCAAAAGGGAAAUGACCAUGUCAACACCAUUUUUACCUUUGACGUCCCUCAGGUUACCGACAAGGAUUGCCAACUUCAUUUCCAUAUCGAUAAAAAUGGUUUUCCCAUUCACGUGGAUGGUUCAAAUGGCGUUGGUGAGUUUGUUCUUUACAACCUCUCUUCUCCUGCUAAUGACGGUACUACUUGGGCUAAUACCCCUAACCGCAUUGCUGAAAUUGGCCGCUUCAACUGCUCUUCCGACGGUUGCAGCUACACCACCGACAUCACUUGCCCUGGUUCUUAUAAGACUGUCUCUUAUGAGUUGUCCGCCCUCACUGACAAGUCUUACCUCGAAUACUUUGAGGAAAUCAACCCUGUUGAAGGCCUCCAAUUGACGGUUUAAGCAAAUUUGCUUUUCAAUUUACCAAUAAUUGAAUAUAUUCUAUUAUUUUCACUCUUGUUUUUUUUUCCUUGCUUGUAUGUAUUUG